AUGGGAACGAAGCUGUCCGUGUCAAUUGAAGGCGCGACGAAGCCUGAAAUCGCACCUCGUAUCGAUCGCCCACCCACGUUUGAUCCCCAGUACGGUUUCGAAAAGCCUCGAAAGGUGAGAGAGAUGAAAGCGACAUGGGAAGAAAUGGAGCGGUUCAAAUUGAAAGCCGGUCAACGCGAUUAUUGCGCUCACUUGUUAAUUGACCUCAUGAAGUGCCAGGUUUCGAAUGCACCGUUUGCUGGACAUAUGUGUGACGGAGAACGAGGUGCAUGGGACAAAUGCGAAUAUGAUGAUUAUAUUAUGCGCAUCAAGGAAUUUGAACGCGAACGUCGUCUCUUGAUGCGGAAACAGCGCAAGGAGGCCAUGGCAGCAGCAUGA